AUGGCUCCGCUCAACGCCGAGCUCCUGCAGGUCAACCUCAAUCCCAACCCUGCCGCUCCGGAUUUCGACAACCUUGUCUUUGGUCAGAAGUUUUCGCCUCACAUGCUCAUCAUUGACUGGAACCACAAGACUGGAUGGGGGGCACCGCAGAUCAAGCCCUACGGACCACUCUCGCUGUCUCCAGCCGCACCGGCCCUUCACUACGCCAGCGGGCUGUUCGAAGGCAUGAAGGCUUACCGCUCCACCGAUGGCUCGGGAAAGAUCCGCCUGUUCCGAGCGGACAAGAAUAUGGAGCGUAUGAACCGCUCCGCCGCCCGUGCCGGCCUUCCCACCUUCGAUGGCGACGAGUUCGUCAAGCUCAUCAAGACGCUCGUCCGCAUCGACCGUGAGCACGUCCCUCACGGCGAAGGCCAAACCCUCUACCUCCGACCGACACUCAUCGGCACACCCGACACGCUCGGCAUGGGCGUUCCCACCGAGGCACAACUUUACUGCAUCUGCAGCCCCGUCGGAAACUACUAUUCGUCAGGCACCGGUUCGAAACCCGUCAGCUUGUUGGCCAGGACCGAUGUGGUUCGAGCGUGGCCCGGUGGUACGGGCUGCUACAAGCUCGCUGCCAACUACGCCGGUGCGACGCGACCUGCUAUGGAUGCAUUGUUGCAGGGAUACCACCAGGUGCUGUGGCUGUUCGGUCCGGAUAGGCAGCUGACCGAGGUGGGUGCGAUGAACUUGUUCGUCGUGUUCCGCGACCAGGCGGAGGAUGGGGAUGCUGCGAGGUACGAGAUUGCCACUGCUGCGUUGGACGAUGGUACCAUCUUGCCCGGUGUCACCCGUGACAGCAUCCUGUCGCUCUUGCGUGCCUACAAGGCUGGAAACGUCCAGAUCGAGGGUCUGCCAAAGCCCGAGAAUCUGACCAUCUCGGAGCGCAAAGUGACCAUGGACGAGAUCAUCGAGAAGGCAGAGGUGAACCAGAUCGCAGAGGUGUUCGGAUCAGGUACCGCCGCUGUGGUGUGCAGCGUGGACAAGAUCGGGUUCGAGGGCGUGGAUAUCCCCAUUCCUAUCCAGGCGGAUGGUAUGGGCACGUUUAUGCGAACCAUGCUGCGCGAGGUCACGGGUAGGCAGUGGGGCGCUAUUCCUUGUCCCGAGUGGAGCAGCGUCUGCUGA